AUGGCGCGGAGCACUUCAGAUGAUCUGGGAACACUGAAUGGAAGACCAGGGACGGGCAGCAUGUGCAUCGGACGCUGCUACACUUUGAAGCCGAUGCUCGAGUGCGUCAUUCGGGCCCAUCGGAACAGUUGUUCGCUUCGCGGCACAGAGCGGGCCAUCGAACAGGCUGGUGAUGAUCGACGGAAUAGUCAGCAAACGAUGAGCACUGGGGAAGGAAAGCUUCCCGAUCCUGGUGGGAUGGUUCGUUGCCUGGCGCGAUAUAGGAAAAUAUGGAAGAAGAAAAAUAUGGUUGUUGUGAUCAUUAUGAGUUACCACAGUGCACUUUCAUUCACUCCGGCACUCACUCGUCAAGCUUCGUCGCAUCCAAACCCAGUUGUCCCUCCGUCACCGUUCCUGGUCGUCGUUAUUUGCCGAUGA